AUGGGUUCCCAAACAGCUUGCAAGUUUCCUGUUGUGGACUUCACUGAUGAGGAGUUGAAACCUGGUACAGCAAAGUGGGGUUCAGCAUGCCAAGUGAUUCGGAAUGCCCUAGAGGAUCAUGGUUGUUUUUAUGCCCUAUGUGAUAAAGUUCCUAUGAAACUUUACAACUCAGUUUUUACUCUAAUGGAAGAACUAUUUGAUCUUCCAUUGGAAACAAAAAUGCAAAAGAUAAGUGAUAAGCCCUACCAUGGCUAUUAUGGACAAUUUGCUCAUCUCCCUCUAUAUGAAUCCCUAGGGAUCAAUGGUCCAUUGACCAUGGAAGGAGUUCAAAACUUCGCCAAACUAAUGUGGCCAGCAGGAUAUGAUUAUUUCUAG